UUUUCGAACAUUCCUUCCUUUUCAAGCACAUACGAGUAUAUUCAAUAUCCUUGCAUAUAUGUAUGUAUAAACACAUGCUUUCGUAUGGGUACGCACUCCCUCACCAACAAGAGGCCACCUUCACAUAGCUAACUGUUAGCUUGUUGUGGUAUUUACAAACAAGUCGAAAUGCGAAUAUCAUUCCUCACCCUCCACACCCCCCAUGCUUGUACAUCGCUACUUCGUCAUAUGUAUCUAGGCAAAUAGCACAUAGAGCGUACCUCGAGACACAGCAAUAACAAGAGCAAUUCAACGUUCAACAUUAAGUAAUAACCCGAAAAAGCGGAAUGAAAACAGUUAGGAAAUUGAUGAAAACUGUCGUGACUAUGAAUACGAAAUUGUACGGAUUUGUCAGAUUGACUUCGAAGCAGGUAGAACAGGCUAAAGUGGGGCUGGCGACGGGCAGCAACACUGUAUGGAAAUGAUGGAAAUGACUGUUUUCGUCUGUUUGAUUUUUGUUUUUGGCCACGUAUCGAAUUUGGUUUAGAUUGGCUAUAGCAACCGCACAUAACCCCAAUAAACAAACUAAUAAAACACAACAUGUCAUGAGCUGCGAGCCAUACAAGCGAAUGAGCGAGCAUUUGAGUAAAGUCAGAAAAUACUUGCAAACGCAUUGAUAAAGACAGCGCGUCGGGUAACAGUGGAGAACGCACGCACGCCGGAAAGACAAUUGUGAAAUGAAUGCGUAAGACGAGUCAGAGCUCGAAUAACAGGUAUUCGCGAAGUAAAUUUUAAAUUUGACGACAAAGGCAAAUAAAAGCAGAGGAAAAGGAAGAAGAAGAAGAAGAAGAUAUCGGAUGCUAAAUUAAAACUUGCGAUCAACAAGCUAGCAAACAAACAGUGAGCGAACGAGUGAAAUGGAGAUUGUGAAGACGAGCGACUAAAGCGUGUGCAUUUCGAGAAGCGUAGGUGCCACUACGGCAAAGGAAAUUUUUAUUGCAGAAAGUUUGGCAAAGCGCAAGCGGAGAGUUAUUACUAUUUGGAAGGCAGUCAGCAAAGUUGCGCAAUAACGCAAGUUCAGAGUGAGCAAGUGAAUGUGCUAUAAAAGUUAGCAGGAGCAGGAGCGGCGGCAACAGCUACCACAAACAACACCAGCAGGCAAAUCAAUUGCAGUUCCAAGUACAAUAUUUGGACAGAGCACGCACGGGCGAACUAUGCUAUUAAGAUUUAUUCUGUAGCGCAAUGAAGAGUUGGCUGAACUUUGGUAAAUAUAUAUUUGCGGCGAGCAAGGCAAAUCAGCGCUCAACACAAAGGUGUAUCGAUAGGCGAAAAAACGGAGCGUCAUGUCUAUAUCGAAGUUACGCAGUCGGCACGCCGUAUUGACGCGACAGGAGCACAUAAAGAGUCCGAGCAGCGCCGGUGGCGAGAGCACUGGAGGUGGCAGUGGUGGUGUGUGUCGUGCUAUCAUUACCGCUGCACCCAGCACAGCCACAACUGGAGCUGGAGAAACACAUAAAACUGCCAAAUCAACAACGCACGCUGCCACUACAAAACUACCAAAUGCACACACACCGACGGCUGCUUCCAACGCCACCACUGCCACUUCAUCUCAGCAACUACCAAGUCAACCAGCACAAUCGGCUGCACAAACCCAUAUACCUCAAACGUCACUGCUAAAAAUCGAGCCAUUUAUACCUAGUCUCACCACACGACUACGACGAACCUUCGGUCGCUCAUACACCACACUGAGCCACAUCACGGGCCCAUCGCAGACCAACUGUAGUGGCGGCGGUGGCAGCCGCAGCAAACGCAAAGUAGCAACGCAUUCAAAUACAGCGAACGCACUCAACUCACCUCUCUUGGGUGCAGCUAUCGAUAGUAAACUUGCCAAAGCAAAUGCCGCUAGCACACGUGCGGCUAUUGCCGCGCGUCUGCGUCGCAAUCCAGUGCGUGCCAUAGUAACGCGUCAGCGUUCGAAGUCCACCUCUUCUUCUGCCUCCAAUCGCCCUACAACGGCGCAUCGAAAUCUGUCACCGAAUAUGUUGUUGAAUAGCGAACACAACGCCACAACGGGAGCGUGUACGAGUGGCGGCGCUGGUAGUGCUGGUAGUGGCAGUAGUAGUGUAAAUGGUGGAGGUAGUGCAGCUAUUGUUACAGUGCAACCAAAUGGAAUUUGUCGCAUCACACGUGCCGCCCAAGAGCGCGAAAACCAACCGGAUCGCAUUAAUUAUGAUCGACGCGGCCUGAGCGCACUGCCGAUAUUCGAGCAUGAAACGCAAUUGCGUCUACUCUCUUUGCAACACAAUCUCAUUAAUAUUUUUCACAUACCGAAAGAUGAGCCGCAAUUAGCACCGGUGCCCACACCUUCACCACCCCCACCAUCAGGUGGUGGCGACACAGCACAAGCGGAUUGUUGUCAUGCACCGGAUAUGCCAGUUGAAAAUGUUGGCGGUGAGCAACACAACUCGCUUACAAUGAAUAAUAGCGUACAUUCGCCAAAACCGGUACGUCGUCAAAAUGAACGCGCUACCAAUGGGCGCGCCGGUGGCUUGGCACCAAAUACUUCCGGCGCUGGUGUCCGGCUUUCACUUGCUUUGGGCACAACGAAUGCGCGACAGUUGAAUGGUAAUACGCUAACACCACCACCACCGCCACCUACACCCCUGGGGCAGUUGCAACAACAGCUGCCCCAUGCUGCGCCGCAUCAAAUUUACCAGCAAUUGCUGCAGCAACGUCUAGCCGCUGGUGGCAGUGGCGUUAAUGGUUUGAAAAAUCUUCACUACAACGGGCCCCUGUUGCCAAUGACACGCCAGCCCACACCUACUCGCUUUGCGCUUAAGCGUUCCAAGAGCUUUGUCACAAAUAUACCACGUCAUUUGCAGAGCAUUCAACAAAAUAUGCUGAAAACGCAGCUAGCGCGUGUUAAACUCGGCGCUACCGCUGCCGAUGCGCGUUUGCAAAGUUUUGAUUCGACCACUAGCGCUAGCGGCGCGCUUUCUAACGCUACCGAUUCAACAGCUUCGUCCAGCUUGGCGCCGUCAUGUUCAAACACAAAUGGCACCACAUUCGCCGGCAGCGAGUUCGACGAAGAUGAUCCGCUGCAACAGCUUACAGUGAAGAAUAGACAACUCGUCGCUUCUUACGGCACGAUCUUCCAAAGUUUAGUUUUCCUGGACCUCUACGACAAUCAAAUCGAACGAAUAGGUAAUUUAGAUGGCCUGCCAGCACUCUCUGUGCUACUGCUGGGCAAAAACCGACUCACCGACAUCAGUGGGCUCGCCUCACUAAAGCAGACUUUACGCGUACUCGAUUUGCAUGGCAAUAAGAUCGCCAGCAUCGCCAACAAGCUCAACUGCCUGCAAGAGCUUAAGUCGCUCAAUUUGGCGGGUAAUCUACUGCGUCAUAUAGGUGCUAAUGAUUUUAACGGUUUGACACAACUGCGUGAGCUCAAUUUGAAGCGCAACAAAAUCAAGCGCAUCAAUGGCUUUGAGCACCUCACCGCGCUGGAGCGACUGUGGCUCUGUCAUAAUGAGUUGCAUCGCGUCGACGACAUGGCUUCCAUAGCAAAGGCGAUCAACCUGCUUGAGGUGACCAUUGAGAAUAAUCCCGUCUCGCUGGCAGGCGAUUGUGUCUCCUUCCUCGUAAGCUACCUGCCACGCCUACAGACGCUCAGUCAAAUGCCAAUUACCGAACAGGUGCGUACGGCCGCAAUGUCUUGGCGACGUAAUAAGGAGAUUUCAGACACGCAUUAUGCGAACCUCACACCCGACGCCUAUCAGAGCAUCAAGCGGGAGGAGGUAAUCUCGAAUGCGCGCACCAACUGGGAGUUGCUAAGGUCACAGCAGACGUUACAGCAGACGAGUGCACUGCAGCGAAAGCAUACACACAAAUCACAACAACAACAACAACAACAACAGUUGCUACAAACACACGCCACAACGCCACGUAUUGCGAAAACCAGUGAACUGGCACGCAUAAAUGAAUCGAACGAGGCGGUGGGUGAUGCUGGCGAAGGGAUGGGUGCGGCUGGUGAAAGGCUUGUGACCGUUGGGUAUGGAGCAGAGCUACAAGAGUUCAUUAAAUUGCCGCCCAUACAACAAAGGGAAGGGGAACAACAACAAAGUGAACAGCCACAGACGCAGACACAGGGGCAAACAAAUUCGCAGCCAACUAAAUCAGGGCAGGCAGUGGCAACCAAGCCUAAUACGUCUGAUGAAGGGACACAACCACUUCCACCAGCACCACCGAAGCCAACGACAAAGGCACAUAAUGUGCAGCCACCGCAUAAUGUGAGCAAUGAUGUCAGGCAUGGCGGGGGCAGAAACAACAAUGUUGAAUUAUCCACCAGCAACAACAACAGCGCGCGUCUUUCUGGCUCAUCAGGUUCGAGUUUGGGUCCCAAUGUUCAUUCCUCGUCCAGCUGCUUCAGCUCGGACAAUGAGGACUCCACCGAGUUAACAACGACACAACAACGCACCACACGCAUACAUAAAUAUCAAAAGACAGCUGGACAACAGCACCAACAACAGCGAAGAGGACGAGAGCGUGGUGGACAUGGCGACAACAAAGAAUGCAGGAGUGGCAAUGCAAUUGUGAAGAGGAAAAUUGAUGCUACGCAAAAGGCAAACGAUUUGAAGCAGCAAACAAUUGAGGCCGCGCAGCCCGAGACUGAGCUGGCCUCUAACAAAGUCACUACCCUGGGAGUGGUGGGACGCGAGCAAAUGGCUAACAUAAAUGCUGAACAAGUGACCAACAACCCAGAGCUCGUAACGCUGGCGGAAGGAAUUACCGCAAAGCAAACAACAAAUGAUGCCAAUCCAAAAACGGCAUGCGACACAGCCGAGGCCAUCAAUUUACCAACGCAAGUGCAUACGCAUGCGACGGACGUUACUAAUGGAGUCGGCCACCGAACGAGAGUAGGUGAGUCCAUCAGUCCAUCGUUGGACAGUAGCUCAUCAAUGCUCAUGCAUGGAAAUCAGCCCAACCGCACUUCUAAUGCUAGCAAAACAAUGCUACCGCAACAAAAACUGUCCAACGGUUCAACAACAACAACAAUAAUAACCUCAUUGAACAGUACUGUUUUAAACACAACCACAGCGCAAAUUACCAACCAUGCGAGCUUACUAAGUUUGGGCUUUAAGGAACACAGUAGCUCUAUAGCUGCCCUACCGCUGCCACAACAAACAAACGGCGGCAAUGGCAGCGUUGGCGCGGUGGGCUUUGUAGGCACAACAACGCGCACCACAUGUCGCCGUCUAACGAGGUCACAGACAAUCGUUGGCGCCAGUUCUACUUGUGCAGGUACAAAUAACUGCUUACCAACCGCAGCAGCUAAUAACGGAAAUGAGUCGUGCGGCGGUAGGCGCACAGCAAACAGCGCCAGCAGUAAGACGGCCAACACCAACACGAUAUCAUGUAAUGGCCAGGCCUCAGCCCAACCAACUGUCACGUGCAUAGUGGCGCCGACGCCAAUCGGCCUAAAUAACAGCAAUGCGUCGCAGAGCGGACGUGGCGCCACAACGACAAACAAAGCAGAAGGUCGUGAUAGCCGUGAACGCGAGCGGGAGCGUGAACAGGGCGGCGACUAUCUCAUCGAGAUUUGCGGUCGCUACCUGAACGUAUACGGUCAAGGUGCUUUGCGUUACAUCGACAAACAGUGGAAUGCAGCGAAAGCGCAGGAUGUGCACACGCUCAAUUUCAGCUACAUAAAUUUCAACAAUAUCGCCGCCACCGUUUUGGCGCGCGUUAAGGCGCGCUUUCCAAAUGCGGAAAAUUUCGUUUUUCGCGAAACGAAUAUUGAGUUUAUUGGUCAGUUGAAUGCACUAGCCGAGCUGCAAGGCAUCUCUACGCUGACCAUCGAUCCGGAGGGAAAUACAAUAACCACAAAGGAUUUGUGGCGUGAAUAUGCCAUUUAUCGACUGUCGCAUUGGGGGCUUAAGCUGAUCAAUGGUGUUGCGGUCACGGAGGCGGACAUCGAGGCGUCGAAUGCACUCUAUGAGGGUCUUUCCGAUUUGGUGUUGUGGGCAAUGCCGGCGUCAAUGUUACAGCCGCUGCUAGCACGACUGCGGCUGGACGAAACAUGUACGGCUAGUAAAAUGUCGCCCAAAGAGUGGCUAAUGAAGCCAGAAAAUAAAUCCUUGCGCUUGGUUGUUGGCAAAGAGGCGUUGCAGUGGAAAAAGCCCAAUAACACCGCCAACACUAAUUGUAAUAAUAACAGCAACAACAGUCACAACAACAACAAUAACAAUGGUAUUAAUGGACACCAUCAGCAAGCAAUGCCGUAUGCCGUGAGCGAGUCAAGUGUAGGCGUCAGCGGCAGCAACACCCACACCAACACCCACACUAACGCCAAUGCCAACCUAAAUACGCUUGGUAUGCGCGAACGCGGUCGCCUGCAUUUUGCCACCAUGCUGGAGAACACCGUGGAUGCUGUGGAGAAAGUGCACAUGCUGGAAACGUUGUGGCCCAGUAUGCUUUUGGACAUUGUACGCAACGCGCUGCUCGAUUACUCGCAUCUCGAUGAAUAUUUGCACAGCGUAAUGGAUGAAAUCAUGAAGUGACAAUGCCAAAUGGCAUGUGUGGCGCUUGUUGGAAUGAGCUGCAGGUCGAUAUGCAGCUUGAAGCCUUGUGGGAAUAUUCUGUGCUGGGUGUGUGUGUGUGUGUGUGUGUGCGUGUGUACGUCGCAGUGUCUGUAUGUAUUUCUAAAGAGCCGCCUGUGGCUGAAGGAUCUAUAGCGAUGGUGUCGUUUUUGUGCAUUUUCCACAGACAUGCCGUUAUACACACACGUACAUACAUACACACAUACACACAUACACACAUACGUGUAAUAGAUCAAUUGAAAGCGAAUUUAGUUUAUAGACUACACAUAUACGUACGUACAUAUUUAGCAAAUAGUGUAAAAAGGAUAUUGCGCACACCGAUAUACAUACAUACACAUACAUAUACAAAAGCACUUAUAGUUGAUGGAAUGUAGAAAUAUAAAA